AUGUUUGACGUCAAGAAGAAGUUGGGCAUCCAAGAGAAGCGAGACAUAUGGAUGAGCAAGGCUCGAGUGUCAGCCAGGAAGCGCCUUCAAGGCAAUCGUCUAACUUCGUCGUUUGAUGGGGGUGAGAAGAUUGACAAGGACUCACGCUUGAGUCCGCAUAUCGAGUUUGAAUCGACUGGAAGCUGUGAAUAUAAGCUUGUCCGUGAGAUGUUGCCUCCGGGAAAGAAUACGGAUUGGAUCUGGGACUGGAGCGGUCGUCAGGAAGCUGUCCCGCCAAAGUACGUGUUAUCUCAAAAACCAGUUAUGAAGAUG